CUGCAGUACUUGUGAUAUCCUGCAGUACUUGUGAUACUGACGGAGUGUUUGUCUCAGAUGGUGUUUCUUGGCUUCAUGGUUUGUGGAGUUCUGUCAGGAUACAUCGCUGACAGAUACGGACGCUGGAAGGUGGUGUUUGGAGGAUUCCUGUGGAGCGCCUACUUCUCUCUGCUCACCUCGUUUGCGCCGUCCUACGGUUGGUUCAUCUUCCUGCGCAGCAUGGUGGGCUGCGGCGUGGCCGGCGUGUCGCAGGGGUUUGUGCUGAAGACGGAGUUCAUCCCGGAGAAGUACCGAGCGUUCCUGCUGCCUCUGGCGACUGUCUUCUGGAUGCUGGGCUCCAUGCUGAUCAUCCUGCUGGGGAUGUUGGUGGUCCCCACUCUGGGCUGGAGGUGGAUGAUCCGGAUCUCCGUCAGCCCCAGCAUCAUCCUCAUCUUCCUCUUCAAGUUUGUCCCUGAGUCGGCUCGUUACAACGUGUCUGCAGGAAACAUUCAGGCGGCUCUAGAAACUCUGCAGAAGAUCGCUAAAAUGAACGGGGCGUCUCUUCCUCCGGGUCGACUGGUGGAGCCGGCUGUGAAAGAGCGAGGCAGCUGGAGGAUUCUGCUCAGUCCGGUCUUCAGGAGGACGACCUUACUGCUCUGGUACUCAUGGUUCGUGGCGUCCUUCGCCUACUACGGCUCGGUGCUGAGCAGCUCGGAGCUGCUGGAGAAGAACUUGCUGUGUGUGACGGACGCAGAUCAGGAGCAUCAGAUCAAACACCGCCAGCAGGACGGACUGUGCUACUGCAUCCCCUUCGCUCUCAGCGACUACCAGACGCUGCUCAUCAGCUCGCUGGGAGAGGUCGCACUGGUCCCGUUAAACAUCUGCAUGCUGAACAUCUGGGGACGGAAGAUCAGUCUGAUGGUGCUGCAGCUGCUGUCGGCCAUUUUGUUCAUGUUGGUCAACAUCUGCACCACCAUGUUUGGGUUCACGGUGUUGCUGUUCCUGCUCCGGUCUCUGGUCUCCAUGAACUUUAAUGUGGUUUAUAUUUACACCGCUGAGGUGUAUCCCACUGUGGCUCGGUCUCUGGGGAUGGGCUUCUGUACGUCGUUCAGUCGUAUCGGAGGAAUGAUCGCUCCGUUCAUCGCUCAGGUGUUGAUGUCUCAGUCAGUGAUUCAGGCUCUCACUCCGUUCGCUGUGGCCUGUGGAAUCUGCGCUAUCGGAAACUUUCUGCUGCCUAUAGAAACUAAAGGACGAGCUCUGCUGGUGAGAAACGCAUCGCUGUUUCUUCUUUCUCAGCGUUUGACAGUAAUUAACCACCAGCCUAAUGCCUCUUCUGCAAGCAAUGGAGGGGGCAUGCGGAGAUCGUUAGGUGGGGUCAAUCCUCAGUUGGAUAUGACACAGAAGACUUGA